GAAAAAACAUAAUUUGAAAAGGCUUGUGAGAAAAACCUGCCUCUUAUAAGAACAUGAUCGCAGGCACCUCAUGUGUGAGAGACUCCAGUGCUCCUCAACUUACAGUGGAAUAAAUCACACAGGGUCACAAUGCUCGGAAUCUGCUUGUGUUUGAGUGUUGCCGUCCGCUUUGCGGUGUCUCAGGAAGCCGAAGCUCAGGAGCCUGUCACAUACAUGUGCACUGAAGGUUAUGAAUUUGACUUUGAUAAACAAAGCUGUAAAGAUAUAGAUGAGUGCAAGACAGUGCAGGACGCCUGCAAAGGGGGCAUGAAAUGCGUCAACCAUUUUGGUGGAUACCUCUGCUUACCCCACAAUGCUCAGAUAAUUGUCAGUAACGGUGAGGAUGAGCCCACUACUGCCCCACCAGUGGAAAGAGAUGUUCAGCCCGUGAUAGCUCCCAAUUAUAGGAACGAUUACUCAAGAGUCAUUCAAAGCGCAACACAUACAAUCCAGUGUAGUGUCGGUUUCAUGCCAGACUCUCAGAACUACUGCAGAGAUGUGAAUGAAUGUAUCACCGCAAACCCCUGCCAACAUCAGUGCUACAAUCUGAUUGGCUCUUACAUCUGCCAAUGUGAAGUUGGAUACGAACUGGCUUCAGACUCCGUCUCCUGUCAAGAUAUCGAUGAGUGUGAAUUCUCAAAUUACAUGUGCCAGUUCCAGUGUGUGAAUCAACCUGGAGGAUACAGUUGUGUGUGUCCUGAGGGAUACCAGCUCCAAGGGACGCGGAUGUGCCAAGAUAUAAAUGAGUGUGAAACGGCACACAACUGCAGAGAAGAUGAAAUGUGUUGGAAUUACUAUGGAGGAUUCCGUUGCUAUCCCAGAAAUCCAUGCCGUGAGCCAUACGUGAAAACAGGCGAAGGUCGCUGUCGGUGCCAGUCACCAAAUGUUUGCCGGGGAAUACCGCCUGUCAUCGUCUACAAGUACAUGAGCAUCUUUUCCGAUCGCUCAGUGCCUGCGGAUAUCUUCCAGAUUCAAGCUACCAGUGUCUACCCCAAUAUGGUAAACACUUUCACGAUCAAAUCCGGAAAUGAGGGAGGAGAAUUCUACCUGAGGCGCUCCAGUAAUGUAAGUGCCAUGUUGGUAAUGACCAAACCUUUGACUGGACCUAGAGAACAUGUUGUGGAUCUGGAGAUGGUCACUCAGAGUAAUGCCUUGAGCUAUCGUUCCAGCUCACUGCUGAGACUCACCAUUAUAGUGGGUCCAUACCCUUUCUAAAUCAUCUAGUUUGACUGAAUCAGCACCUUGGUUUUAUGUUUGUACUGCAGCUUACUAUGUUUAAAAUGUUCAAAACAUGGUCUAGAUCAGUGGUUCUUAACUGGUUGGUUGCAACCCAAAAAUGGAUCAUAGAUGGAAACCGAUUCAAAAUCAUUUAAUAGAUUAAUAUUUUAAUGUUUAUCUUUAUAUGAUAAAUCAUUUGUAUAAUAAAUUUCAUGGUACUGAGUCAGCAAUUAAUGUCCAAUGUAAAAUGUGGGCCCUGAAGCAAAACCAGCUGAGAGCCACUGGUCUAGAUAGUUGCAUAUUUACUAGGUUUUAAACAGGAAUUGGUUUACUAAUCAUAAAAAGUAGGCUGUCUGGUUUAUUUAAUUUUUCAAGUAAUUUGUACUUUGAAAAAUGAAAGACAAGGUCUGAGAGAGUGACAUGAAGACCAAGAAAUAUCUAAAAAACAACACAGCUGGAUAACAGAAGAAAACACAGUUGCUCAAGUUUCAUUCUGAAAAGCACUUAUAGGUUAUUCUUUUUCUUGGUAGAAAGAGGUUUGUGAGAUUCUGCUGCAUGGAUGCAUGUCUUUUAAUAGGAUAGUUCACCCAAAAAUGAAAAGUCUGUCAUCAUUUACUCACUUUUUUAUUUUAUUUCUUCUGUAGAACACAUAAGGUUUAGCAGAAUGUCCCAUGUGCUUGUUUCCAUACAAUAUAUUAAAUAGGGACAGAAGCUGUGGAGCUCCAAAAAUGACAAAACACACCUUAAUAGUAGUUCAUACAACUCUUCAUUGCGAGUAUUCUGAAAUGGCCAAAAUGUACGUUACACACUGAAAACAUUCCCUCCACCACAGCUCUCAGAUCUUUCACACAUCUGCACACCCAGGUGAAAAAAAAAAAAGUACAUUUUUAUAAUGUACUUAAAGUGCUCUAUUUUCGUGCACUAAUUUUGUACUUAAUAUACUAAAAAUUAUUCUUAAGUGCUUCUUAAGAUUAUCUUAAGAAGCACUAAAGUGUACUCAACUGUGCUAUUUUGAGACACCAUGAAAUAUGAACUAAAAUGUGCUUUUAAUAUACUAUCUCUGCAUUUAAAAAAUUUAUUUAGUUACCACUUAUAGUACACUUGAACCCAUACUGUACUAUAAGUGGUAACUAAAUAAAUUUUUUUAAUACAGAUAGUAUGUUAAAAGCACAUUUUAGUUCAUAUUACAUGGUGUCUCAAAAUAGCACAGUUUAGUACACUUAGAUGUUCUUAAGAUUAUCUUAAGAAGUACUAAAGAAGAACUUUCAAUAUAUUAAGUAUAAAAUUAGUGCGUGAAAAUAGAGCACUUUAAGUACAUUAUAGAAAUGUACUUUUUUUUCACCUGGGUAUUCAAAUCGGUGUCACAAUUUGUUACAACAAAUGCAGCAUCCACAAAACAUAAAUUUCAGCCUGUUAGGGGCCAUUCACACAUUGAAAAAACAAUACAUGGGCAGUGGAAUGGGGGGGAAAUCCAAGGUCUCAAAAUGUGAUUUUUUAAAGUUGACUUAUUUUAACUUCAGCUCCACAUUUUUAGAACACGUGUAAAACACACAAGACAUGAGCUCUUUGGUAAAAGACGUCCAUGUUUACAUAGAAGAACAAUGGAAAAGCAAUAUAGUAUACAAAAACACAUUCUAUGUGAAUGGACCCCUUACUUACACAAAACUAUCGUAUGGCUUCAAAACAUAGGCACCGAUUUAUGUUUCUACCGGGGGGUGGCCACACUCUGAAAGAAAUGCAGCUUCUUCUUUUUUUUUUUUUUUUGGAAACUUGCAAGUACAAAUACAUUAACAACCAUAUAUAAACACAUCUAUUCACCUCGGUUUCCAUUAACAAAUGGUAACUGGGCUAAGCAAGGUGACACAUAAACAUACGCAACAAAUAACCCUUAAAACAUUUUCCCCCGGUUUCACAGACAAGGCUUAAGCUAGUCCUAGACAAAAAUGCAUGUUUGAGGUGUUUUAAUUGAAAGCAACUUGUACAGACAUAUCUUAAAAUAUGUCAGUGCCACUGUUUUGUCUCAAGAUGCACACCAGUAAUGUGUUUUUCUAAGGUACGUUUAUAAAAGUUACUUAAAUGUCCUAAUUGAACUAAGGCCUAAUCCUGGUUUAGGCUAAGCCCUGUCUGUGAAACUGGGCCUUUAACAUGCUCCUUGCUCAAUACUUAAUUAUACUUGGUGUUAGUUUUUCAAAAGAAGGCCUACUGUAGGGGUGUAACCCCAGCAUCCUGGCCAAAUUCCCUCUAUUUGCCCUUACCAAUCAUGGCCUCCUAAUAAUCCCCAUCCAUUGCAUUGGCUUUAUCACUCUCUCUCCUCUCCACCUACAGCUGGUAUGUGGUGAGCGCACUGGCCCUGUUGUACUUUGGCUGCCGUUGCAACAUCCAAGUGGAUGCUGCACACUGGUGGUGGUUGAGGAGAGACCCCCUGAUAUGAUUGUAAAGCGUUCAAGUUCAUUCAUGCUGUAUUUUUCUCUGUGUUAUUGGUGUCUCGCAAAGAGAAACACACGUGUAGACUGCAAAUACAUUAAACCAACCAAACAAUACCACAUAUUCUUUCCAUGAGUGUUGUCACGACUCGCUCUCUCGCUGAUAUACCUGAUGAGUUAAAUACUUAAAAUGCAAUUUAUCAUCGUGCAAAAAACAGAAAGCACAAGCUUUUGUGUCAGGUUGUUAUGCUGUAAUGUUAAAUGUAACUAUAGAAUUGUGUGUAUUAUCACCUGCCGGGACCCGAUGUGAGAUCCACCAAUCAGAGAGGUUCCCGAAUCUCAAUCGUUUGUUGAUUGGUUACGAUGAAUGGAGAAUAUCUCAAGUCAUAUGUUCUUCUUUUAUUGUGCUUUUUUUGUCUUCUCCAUUCGCUGUCACUGUAUGGAAAAGAGUAAGUUAAUUUUAGGUGUGCAUCAGGCAGCCUAAUUAGUGGCGCAUGAGAUGCGAUGAUGUAAGAGUCGUUGUUGCAUUUUAAAGGGAUAGUUCAACCAAAAUGAAAAUUUUGUCAUUAAUUACUCACCCUCAAGCCUAAAUUCAAUCUGUUCAUCAUAUAAAGAGUCUCUUCAGAAAAUUUUGACUAAUCCACUCAAUUCAUAUGGAUUAGUUUUACGAUCUCUUUAUGAACUUUUUGAAGCAUCGAAGUGGUAGUUGCGUAACUGUCAAUGGACGGACAGCAUGCUCUCAGAUUUCAUCAAAAGAUCUUCAUAUGUGUUCCAAAGAUGAGCAAAAGUCUUAUGGGUCUGGAACGACAUGAGGGUGAGUAAAUGAUAACAGAAUUUUUAUUUUUGGGUGAACUAUCCCUUUAAUAUUUUUUUAGAUUAUCCAGUUGAACCCAUUUGAUGUGGCACUGCUGCAUUGUUUCAUUCAAAACAUUGCAGAAAUAGAGAAGCUCAAUGUGGAGAAGAUCUUGGUUACAUCAAAACCGUAACCAAGUCAACACAUUUUUUGUGCUGCUUUUCCAUUGUUUUCUAUGUAAACGUGCUAAACGGACACCUUUGAUCAUUGCACUCACGUCUUGCACAAGAGAGCCGCAUGUUUAGAAAACCAUGUAAAGUUCAUAGAAGUUCAACAUUUAAAAAAUGAAAAUGUCCUGAGACUUUGUUGGGUUUUCCCAUUCCACUGCAUCUCAUGUUUUUAAAUGCAAAAAAAGGUACUCUGCGCUUCGGCUCUUUGUAUUAAACUAUGCAUAAAUAAAAGAUGAUGUUUUGUUCAUAAUUGUUUACGCAAUUUACAAAAUUAUAUUUGAUUUUGUUUUGUACAGACAGUAAUGUUAUUUCAUUGCUUUGAAUAAACAAUUUAAUGCGGUACAUUAAUAUUUUUCUUACUGUGCCCUCUUGUGGCUUCAGGAGACAAGCCAAAAGCUACCCCAACCCCCAAAUAUUGAACCCCAAAUAUUCAAUAUAAUUUGAAUAUUAGUAAUAUUUAAGUAUAAAAUUCGAAUUUAGUUUUUCAACCAUUUUGAAAGGCCUAGAAAAGAGCAGCAUGAACAUUCUACUAAACUUCUCUUUUUGUGUUCCUCAGAAGAAAGUAAGUCAUACAAGUUUGGUAUGACAUGAAGAUGAGUAAAUGAUGACAGAGUUUUCAUUUUUGAAUAAACUAACCUUUUAAUCUAUCAAUAAAUCAAAGCUUUACAUUUCUUGUACAUGUAGAAACAGAAUGUAAUUAUCAAAAAGUGCUCAUAGAUUCCUUACUAGAUUUGACUUUAGCAGGGGAAAAGUGUUUUAUAGGUGGAAUGUGGAUAAGGCAAACAGAACUGCAUAUAGUUAGGUGGAACAGUUUGUGUCGUAAUCUAAUGGCAUCCUUAGCUAAUGGAAAUCUCUGAAUGUGUCCUCCGCCUUGCAAAUACUGCAGAAAUGACCUCCUAUCCUAUGAGAAUAAGGCAAUAAUGUUUUGGAAACAGAAGUGAUGUUUUCAGGAAAUUGCUGGCAAGGGUUUUGGGUCACAUAAGCAAUGGAACUCUUGCCUAACAUGUCUGUAUGGUUGCCAGAGCAGCGUUUGAUCUUCUGCAGUGUUUCAUGCUGAUGGUCUGUGACAAACACUGUUACUUAAACCGUUGCGUCACACCCAGCACCCCCAGAGACGUGGUCGUGGGUGAGGCCGGAAUGGGUCGCGCACCACCACGUUGUAUGAAAUUAUUUUGGCAAACAAUCUCUGUGUUGGCUGCAUAGAGAUCUGACUUAGUACUGCGAUAUAAUAUGGAUGCUUGCGAAUCAAAUCUGUAUGUUGUCCUUGUCUGUUUUCUUAUGAUCAAACACUUUAAUUCACGGAUGGUGAAUGCUCCCUGUUUUUAUCUUAUUGAGAUAAUUUUUGCUUAUAUCUAAAUUGACGUAGACCAGUUGUUUCUGCUGAGUGAAGUCAACAAAGGUCUUUUGUAUUUUUUUAACAAACUAAAGUGAAUUGGAUAUGCACCAUUCGUUUAGAAUGUUUCUGUAUUUUCUGCUCUCAAGUUGCACUUUGUUUUUUUUACUCAUUCUUAGCCUUUGUGCCAUUUAUUCGGCUGUAAAGUUUUUGGAAAUAAAAAUGAAUUCAGUAACAA